GUCUAGGUAUCAUUGCCCGCGGCUCAUCAGGCUGGAGGAUCGCAGGUAAUUCCAACGCUGUUUGAUUCAUAACAAAUUUCCUUAAUGGAAAUUAUCCUGUGGAAUAACAUAAAUGUGGAAUGCUGCAAAAAUAUACUUCUAUAUAGAGAGUUGAUAUUUGGUCCAUUCAAAAUGUGAUUUCCUUUCAAAGUCAUGCGGAAAAAUGCAUGAAAAUACGUAAUAUGUUUCAUAAUUUCCUGUGAACUCUUGAAAAAAGUAUAAAAAUUUAUAAAUUAAAUAUGGGCUCUCAGGAGGAGCGUUCGCCCAAAAAUACGGAAAAAUUAAAAAUGUUGGACAUAACAAGAGAUAAACCAGUAAAAGUAUCUGUGAAAGUAGCAGUUCCUGUGCGAGAUCAUCCAAAGUUCAAUUUUGUUGGAAAAUUAUUGGGACCGAAGGGCAACUCUAUGAAACGAUUGCAAGAAGACACUAUGUGUAAAAUGGCAGUGCUCGGACGUGGUUCGAUGAGAGAUCGUAAAAAGGAGGAAGAAUUACGUGCUAGUGGUGAUAGUCGGUAUGCUCAUCUAUUUGAAGAUUUACAUGUUGAAAUUUCUACAUUCGCUGCACCGGCUGAAGCACAUGCACGUAUAGCUUAUGCAUUGGCGGAAGUGAGACGAUUUUUGGUACCGGAUUAUCACGAUGAUAUACGACAGGAGCAAAUGUGGGAAAUGCAAGCCCUCACAUCAACACCCACAUUAAGUCAUUCCAGUGAUCAGCCGAGUCCUAAUCGAGGAGCUGUCACCGAUAUGGAUACUUCUAAUGAUGAUAAAUCUGAAACUGACACAAGCAUUAUGGAAUUCAAUCCAGCUGAAAAACUUGAAAGCCAUCAUAUAAAUAGCAACAACGAUCAUCAGAAGCACCAACAUUUACACCAUCUCCUACAACAACAGGCACAUUGCGUUACAACCAAUACAAAUUCCGUAUUAACAACUCCAAAUGCGGAUAAUAUGACUGUACAAGCAAAUGCAACUUCAAUACAUCCCACUGCUAUGGCGGUUGCUCUUCAACACCAACUUACAGCCGCUGGCAUUGGCAGCAUUCUAAAACCCGCUACCGGUGUCACUGCUGUAACCGGAUUAACACCAACGCAACCAAAUGCUGGCAUUGCAAUACCAACAGAAGCUGAUACAACUGCAUCGACUUUAGCACUUUUAGAUCCUCCUGGCACACUUCUACAUCCAGCGUUACGCGGUGUUAAAGCAAUUAAUAUUGCUGGUGGUUUAGGACGAAAGAGACCACUCUUAGGUGUACCAAGAUCUGGUAUGAAUCCCACAAAACGCACUGUGAUGACACUAUUAGCACGCGCCAAAAAUUCACAAGCUUUGCACACCGUUCGAAAUCCAGUUACUGCAGCAGCUACAUUCGCUGACUAUCCCAUAGCGGACCCCGAUAAUACUAUUAAAAAUUAUGUUAGAUUAAAUGGAAAAUAUCCAUUGCAGAUGUUGGCCUCUCCUUUCAUUCUUUCCCACCAGCCAGUUGAGCAAUCUAUGAUAACAAUAUCCAAGGAAAGUCUCGCACAGGGUGUCUAAACGGAUUUGAAUCUAAUACUACGAAAUUAUAAAUAAAACAACUACGAUCCUAGUUGACCCCGCCUCCUUUUUAAUUAAAAGUAAUUAUACUCGUUAUUGAACUCGCCCCAACGUAAAUUAUUUAUAUUUUAGGAUUACUUAUUUAUAAUUAACA